CACUGUUGUUUCAACACUUUUAUUGUUGUAUUUUCGCCACGUAAAAAGUGGCACGAUUUUAUUUUUCAAAAUACCUGACACACAACUAACAAAUUAACCAUGGCUCCCCAACAGAAGGGCAAACAGGGUACGAAAGGCGCCAAGCAAAUCGUAGAGGAAAACAAGACGACACUGGCUUUCUACCGGAACAUGGCUAUUGGAUGCGCUGCACCCGCCCUGCUUCUAAGCUUCCUGGUCUUUGAAGUCACCAAAACCUCAGUAUUUAUGCACAUCUUGGCAUUGCUGAUCCUAGGCAGUUCGUACCAGUUUAUGGCCUUCAUGUCGAAGGCAAAGUACUCUGAGAGCGGUGCCCUAGUUGACUCCGGCAACGAUUUAAAUAUGGAGGGAGGCAUAGCGGAAAACGUAAAGGAUCUUAUCAUCCUCACAUCCGGUACUUUGCUGCUGGCCCUCAUCUCCAACUACUUCUGGCUAGUGCUGCUUCUGGCGCCCAUUCGUGCUGGUUGGAUGCUCUGGGGCACUGUCAUCCAGCCAUGGCUGUCGCAGCGCAACAGCCAGGACGAUAAUCCUGAAGUUGACGAGAAAAAGCAGAAGAAGAUGGAGCGCAAGAUGCGACGCAUGAGAUAGGAGCCACCUCUCGAAGUGCUCUAGCGGUUGAGGAAUUCCUGGUUUUAAUGAGAUUCUAUGCUUAGUUGUGUGUGCGUUUCCGUAUUGUUAGAUAUUCAGCAAAUUAAACUGACCGAGACAAAAGACAAUUCACGGAUUUAGUUAGUCAAAGCAUUUGUGCGAUUUAAUUACGGUGAAUUUUCGAAGAUGACUGGCUCCGCGAGGAAAAUGGAUUUCCUCAAGGUUGCCGCCAAUUUUUGGUGCAUUGUAAAUAUAUUCGUGUUAUUGUUUAUAAAUAAAUGUGCUUCAGUGCAGCAGGAA